AUGUUCAGUGGAUAUCUUCAAGCUGCUAUCUACAAAGGCCUAGACGGUGCAAGCGGCUUGCCUGGUUGGCGUUGGCUUUUCGUAUUCUGCGGCUUCAUCUCCAUAUGGGCACCACUUUGGGGCUUCUUCGCCGUGCCGGACAACCCGUUCAUCACGAAGGCUCGAUGGAUGCGGCAAGGAGAACAAGAGAAGCAUAUACGCCGCAUGGAGGCGGCAUGGUCCAUUGAGAUCAUGCACAAGAACAUGGAGGAGCGAGCGGUAGUCAUUGGAAUUGCUCAGACCCUUGGUCAAGCUUUCAUCGCGUGGGUCCCAGGUUCGUCAUCCCCGAUGCUCUCCGUAUCAGUGGUUGUUCUCGACGUUGGGAAAUAUGCUCCUUCGUUCCACAUGGGAUUCUCCAUCAUGUGCGGCGUAAGCGUCCUGGAGCUCUCAAGCAUCUUUCUGAUCAAGCACUUUGAAGAACGUGAGAAGGCUAAGGAGGAAAGGGCAAUAUCGGCUGUGUAA